CUGACAUGAAGCAUUACAAAACAAGAAGUUGUGAAAUCUGCACUUGCUCAAACUAGUAGCACAUUUAUGUUCCUAUUUCUUAACAGCAGAUAAACUAGCGGACAUGAAGCAUUACAAAACAAGAAGUUGUGAAAUCUGCACUUGCUCAAACUAGUAGCACAUUUAUGGACAGUUCCCCUAAGAUAUGUACAGACGAUCAACAAUGACUAGAGAAAACUAGAGAGCUCUAUGAGAAGUGCUGGAUUGCUAACUCAACAUGCUCACUGUACAUGAAAUUGAAAUCCACCCAGAUGAAGUGGAUACCUACCACGGCAGUUUCAUCAGCAGAAACAGAAGUCAAAUAUUUUUCAGCACGCACCAAAAGCAACACUGCAUUAGAUCUUGGAUUAAAGAAAAUAUCAGGAAGAAAGAGUGCAAGUACUAUGUGGAAAACACAGCAGGAGAAUUCAGUGGAAAAGAAAUCUGUAUGUGUGGCUAUAGGAAGGCGUCUCAUUCCGAAGAAGCUGUUAAACAUGAAGAGUUCCUUGAAACGUGGGACCCGAAAAGGCAUGUCAGUGAAGAACCUACUGAUGCGUACGGGGACAUCACCUUCACUGGCUCAGGGCAAAACGUUGGCAAGUUUGUGCGGGUCUCCUCAGACACUAAACCGGACACCCUGUACAAGCUGAUGAGAGACCACUGGGGGCUCAACGUUCCCAACCUGCUGAUCUCAGUCACUGGAGGAGCCAAGAACUUCAACAUGAAGCCCAGGCUGAAGAACAUGUUCCGCAGGGGGCUCAUCAAGGUGGCCCGCUCCACAGGUGCUUGGAUUGUGACGGGGGGCUCCCAUGCCGGGGUAAUGAAGCACGUCGGAGAGGCUGUUCGAGACUACACCAUGAGCAGCAGCUCCAAGGAUGGGAAGAUCGUGGCAAUCGGCAUAGCAACCUGGGGGAUUGUACACAACCGUAAAUGCCUGGUCAGCAGUGAGGGAAAGUUCCCUGCCGAGUACACCCUGGAUGAGGAGAGUCAAGGCAGGCUGUCCUGUCUGGAUACCAACCACUCCCACUUCAUCCUGGUAGACAAUGGCACUCACGGUAAAUACGGUGUGGAGAUCGCACUGAGGGGCAAGCUGGAGAAAUUCAUCUGUGAACAGACCCUGGGAAGCACAGACAAUGGAAUAAAAAUCCCUGUCGUCUGUGUAGUACUGGAGGGAGGACCAGGCACAUUAGACACUAUCUACAGUGCCAUGAUGAACGGCACCCCGUGUGUAGUUAUGGAAGGGUCAGGGCGUGUGGCGGAUGUGAUUGCUCAGGUGGCAAACCUGCCUCUGUCUGAGAUCACAAUUUCACACAUCCAGAAACAACUGAAGACAUACUUUGCUGAGGACUUCAAAACCUUUUCUGAUAUCAAAAUCUUGGAAUGGACUAAGAAGAUUCAGGACAUAGUGAGAAUGCAGCAGCUUUUGACUGUUUUCCGGUUAGAGAAAGAAGACCAGAACGAUGUGGAUGUAGCCAUCAUCAAGGCACUUUUGAAAGCUUCGAAAAGCCUUGAUAAUCAAGGUAAAGAGAACUGGGAUCACCAGCUCAAGCUGGCUGUAGCCUGGAACAGAGUGGACAUUGCCAAGAGUGAGAUUUUUACAGAUGACAAGCAAUGGAAGUCCAUCGACCUGAGUGAUGUGAUGCUGGCGGCGCUGCUGGGAGACAAGCCUGACUUUGUGAAGCUGUUUCUUGAGAAUGGGGUGCACCUGAAGGAGUUCCUGACUGAGAAGAGGCUGCUGGCGCUCUACAACAACCUGCCGCCCACCAGCCUGUUCCUCCGCAGGAUCCUGAAGAAGCAGGAGGAGGAGAAGCUCUACAUGAAGAAGCCCGGGACCUCCUCCAGCUGGAGCAUCCAGCUGUACCACGUGUCCGACGUGCUCUGCGACCUGCUGGGUAGCAUCAUCAAGCCCCUCUACCCCAGGCCCAGGGACAGAUCAACGCAUGCAGUGCCAAUACCACACAUCAGGAUAAACCUUGGAUCAAAUGACCUGGAGAGUUUUCAGAAUUCAAUCCCCAUGGACACCAAAGGCUCAAUAGUUGAAUUGCUUGAUCCUACCAGAGACCUCUUCAUUUGGGCAAUUCUAGAAAACAGGAAAGAGAUAGCCGACAUUAUCUGGCAAUUGAGCCAGGAUUGCAUUGCCACAGCCCUGGCAGCCAGCAAGAUCCUGAAAGAACUAGCCAAAGAGGAGGACACAGACCUGUCAGAGGACAUGGGAGCUCUUGCAGAGCAAUACGAGAAACAAGCCAUUGGGGUGUUUACAGAGUGCCAUCAGAGAGAUGAACUUCGUGCCCAAAAGCUGCUGACCCGGGAGUCGGGGGCCUGGGGGAACACGACCUGCCUGCAUUUGGCUGUGGAGGCUAACAACAAAAACUUUGUGGCGCAAGGAGGAGUCCAGACCCUUCUUACACAGAUCUGGUGGGGAGAGCUGGCGGUGGACACCAGGAUGUGGAAGGUGUUGUUGUGCAUGUUUCUCUUUCCUCUCAUCUACACUGGCCUCAUCACAUUCAGACGUGACGGGGAGAUCAAAAAGAGAAACCCUCAAAGAGACAUUAUGGGCAGCAAUGACUCUGUGGCACUGAGCUCCACUGAGAAAAAGAUGCGAUCCCGAUCUCGGGGGCUCUCUGAGGAGAACCUGAAGCCACUGACACGCCUCUCAGGUUUCUACAGCUCUCCCGCAGUCAUCUUCUACUGGAACGUCUUGUCCUACUUCGGGUUCCUCUGGCUGUUUGCCUACGUGUUGAUGAUGGAUUUCCAGGUCACGCCAUCGUGGAAGGAGCUACUGCUCUAUAUCUGGCUCUUCACUCUGGUUUGUGAGGAGAUUAGGCAGUUUUUUCAUGAUCCAGAUGGAUUUGGGUUUCGUAGGAAGGCGGUCAUUUACUUCAGUGACCCAUGGAACCAGUUUGAUGUGGUUUCGAUUUGUAUUUUCAUAGCUGGACUAGCAUGCAGGUUGACCCCCACUGCUUUCUAUGAGGGCCGGAUCAUUCUUGCCCUUGAUUUUAACAUUUGGUGCCUGCACCUGAUGGCCAUCUUUACAGUCAACAAAAAUCUAGGACCGAAGAUUAUCAUAGUGAAAAGAAUGAUGAAGGAUAUUUUCUUCUUCCUGUUUUUGCUGGUGGUUUGGGUGGUGGCGUACGGAGUAGCCAAUCAAGCCAUCCUGGUCCACAAUGAGGAGCGCCUGGAGUGGAUCUUCCGGGGCGCUGUCUACGAACCAUACCUCACCAUAUUUGGCCAUAUACCGGAAAAAAUUGAUCAUAAAGACUUUGACAUCAGUCGGUGUACUGUAGCUGGCACUGACCCGCUGAAACCAAAGUGCCCAGUUCUCAGUGACAAUAAUCAGCCUGCUUUCCCGCAUUGGGUCACCAUCAUUUUCCUCUGCAUUUACCUGCUUUUUGCGAACAUAUUGCUGCUCAACCUCCUGAUCGCAAUGUUCAACUACACAUUUCAAGAUGUCCAGGACAACACAGACAAGAUCUGGAAGUUUCAGCGUUAUGGUCUGAUUGUGGAGUACCACAGCCAGCCUCCAUUCCCGCCCCCAUUGAUCAUCUUCAGUCACCUUCACUUGCUCAUAGAGCGCAUCUUCUGCAAACCUAAGACUCGCAAGCAUUUCAAGGAGAAGUUGCCAGAGAACGAAGAAACUGUGCUGCUUUCAUGGGAGACUUUCAUGAAAGAAAACUAUCUGACAGACCUGCGUAAUGAACUGAAUCAGAGCACUGAUAACAAGAUACGGGACACUUCAGAAAAAGUUGGCAUGAUGGUGGAUUCCUUGGAAAGAGACAAGGAAAGGCAAUGUGGUAUUGUGGAGAAGAGACUGGCCCAUCUCGAAGAACAGGCGUUACAGUCUGCUAAAGCUUUAAACUGGAUUAUGAAUGCUCUAAAGAAUAAAGGUUAUGGUUGUCAAGAUGAAGUACCACUGCUUUCAGUAUCCAACAGUAAAAGUAUCGAUACAGCAGACAUGAACUCCACAGAGGAAAGUGAGGAUGGAAAACCUCAGUAUCACCUCAAUGCUCGACAGCUUAUCUACCCUGCUUCCAGUGUGAAACGCUUCCCAGUUCCGGAUGAGAAAGUACCUUGGGAGGUACAGUUUGCUGCUUACAGCCCUACAAUUUAUAAUUCAGAUAGUGUAUCAAGAGCAAACAGUGAGAAUCACAAAGAAUCUUCAGACGUUGCCUCAACAGAGAACUGCAAAAACCCAGUGGGAAGGACUGGUUUGGAAGGAAAGGGGAAGUUAUACUGGUUUGGACCCAAUCGUGCCCUGGACCCAAUCAUUACACGCUGGAAGAGGAGCUCCGAUGACUCAGUUUCCAAGACAGGCACGAAGAAAGUUUUGGAAUUCAUUGCUAUUAAGUGUAAAGAAUAUGAUCGUUGGGCCUUUCCAGGGGGAGUGCUUCAGGUAGGUGAGACUUUACCAAAAAGACUGAAGCAGCUACUAAACACCAAGCUACAGGAAGAGGUCCAGAGCAUGCUGGGGGCCGCCACCAAGGUUUAUGAGGGAUAUGUUGAUGACCCAAGGAACACAGAUAAUGCAUGGGUUGAGACUACUGCAAUCAAUAUACACUUUGAUGAUACCAAGCACUCAGUGCUUGAGUAUUUAAAUACAAUGUGUCUGCAAGACUCCAAUACAGGCAUAUCUGUCAGGUGGCAGGUAGUGGAUCAAAAGAUCCCUCUUUAUGGAAACCACAAAGAGAUUCUGCAGAAAGUUGCUCAAAUCCAUAAUGCGCAUUACUGACACAGACGACUCACACAGCAGAAAACAGCUUUCUUCUUGUAGAAAAACUUAUUUCAAGAUUAUUUUUUUUUUGUUGUAGUAAGAAAGGUUUAAAGAAUGAUGGUCUUAUGUGCUUAAAUACCCUUCGUUUCAGUUAAAUGUAACAUGCAAUAUGAAAAUGAAUGUAAUUUAAGAGUAAAAUAUACAUAGGAAACAGGUGGUCACUUUUUCCUUACUUAAUUAAAUAAGUCAUGCCUUAUUAUAAAACAGUGGAAAAUAUGGUACAAUAGGAAAUAUAUAAGGAAAUGUAUCUGCUUUUUUAUAUAUAUAUUUGAUCUUAUUAAAAGGAAAAACAGUCUUUAAUUAAUUAAUAAUUUUUUUAAAAAUAAUAACUAUUUCACCAAAGAUCCUAAUGAAAGCAACCAGCUGUUGUCUGUUGUCUGUCAUAUACAGACACUGUGUUCCAUAAUUAGACAGUUUCCUUUUACAAAACUUCCAUCUUCGCCUAUGCAGAUCUCCCAAUGAAAAUGGCAGCAUUCCCAGCUACAAUGGAAAAUGAAUACAGUUUCUCUGUGUGCUGUUAGUGGUCGCAUACUUAAGGAACAGACAUGCUGUUCACAAGUAGAUAGAUGCUAUAUAUACACUUAUAGCAUGACAAUCGGCAACUGGGAGUUUUAAUUGUAUGUAUGCCUGUCUUAAAGUCAAAGAAAACCCAAAAAGCAAGAACAAAUAAGUAUUACCUCAAAACAAAUCCAUGUAAUGUACAGUCUUACUUGACUUCAUGUAGCACCGCCUUAUCUUCUUCGACUCCAGGUCGAUAUAAAAUAAAGAAUGCUGUAAAAAUACAGUAUACAGUUGAGAAUGUUAUUGUGUGCUAUUGGUGUAAAGUAGGGCUCUAAAUCUGUGGUUCCCAACCCUGGUCCUGGGGUUGUGUCUGCUGGUUUUCAUUCCAACCAAGCUCUCAAUUACUUAACUAGACCCUUAAUUGAACUGAUC